ACCGCGUCCGCACGGCUACCUGAGCGGCAGCCGCGAGCUGCGUCCCGCCUCUCUCGCUUGCUCGCUCGCUCGCUCGCUCGCGGCCCGGGGCGGCGCGGACAUGGGCGCCAAGCAGAGCGGCCCCGCCGCCAACGGCCGCACCCGUGCCUACUCGGGCUCGGACCUGCCCUCCGGGACCGGCAGCGGCGGCGGCGGGGCGGACGGCGCUCGGGCGGCCCGUUUCGCGGCCCCGGUGUCCGGCGCGCAGCAGCCCAGCGCCUCGGCCGGCGCGGCGGCUGCAGCGGCGGCGGCGGCCUCGGCCCCGGCAGCGCCCCGUAGCCGCUCGCUCGGCGGGGCGGUGGGCAGCGCGUCGGGCGGCCGCGCGGCGCAGUCGGCCUUCAGCAUCCCCAGCGCUGGCGGCGGCGGCGGCCCGUACGGCUCACAGGACUCAGUGCACAGCAGCCCAGAGGACAGCGUCGGCGCUAGGGACCGGGACCGGCCGGCGGGCGGGGGCCCUGGCGGGCCGCGUCUGGUGAUCGGCUCGCUCCCGGCCCACCUCUCCCCGCACUUGUUUGGAGGAUUUAAGUGCCCGGUAUGCUCAAAAUUUGUACCCUCAGAUGAAAUGGAUUUGCAUCUUGUGAUGUGUUUAACAAAGCCAAGAAUAACGUAUAAUGAGGAUGUGCUGAGUAAAGAUACGGGGGAAUGUGCAAUAUGCCUUGAAGAACUGCAGCAGGGGGACACCAUAGCACGGCUGCCUUGCCUGUGUAUAUAUCAUAAAGGCUGCAUAGAUGAAUGGUUUGAAGUCAAUAGAUCUUGUCCAGAGCACCCCUCAGACUAAGCACAGCAGACCCCUGUGUUACGGGUUUUCUUGUCUUUACAAGAUGCUUGAGAAAUCUAGAAGAUUUGAAGAUCUGUCUCUGGAAGAAAAUGAGAGCUGCAGGCUUAUUCAGCCAGGAUCUGAGUUCUGGGACACUUGGGUCCAGAGAAGGACAGGAAGAACCACAGAACUCAGCGAACCAAACUUGCAUAUAAGGGACACACAGGGAUUUUGAAAAUGCUGCACAGCCUGUACCAGUCACUGCGUAGAUGACACUGAUAAAUGUUUUGUAUUCAGACGCCAAAGUUAACUCAUUUCAAAGUUGAUUUCCUUUUUAGUAAGUUCUUAGAGCUGCUGUUUUAAUGUGUUUGGUUUUGGUUUGUUUGUUGGUUGGGGUUUUUUUUUUGUUUGUUUGUUUUGUUUUGUUUUUUAGUUUGGGGACUUUUUAUUUUCCUGAACAUAAUGUUUCUGCAUUCACCUAUUCUUAACUUGAAAACCACACAAUUUCUUUCUUACAAAGUCUUCAACAUGAACCAAGAAAAUGUAAUCAAAGCAGUAUAAUAUUCUGUGAAUGGAGAGUAUAAUUGAAGUUCUUCCACUUCCAGGCCCCACCUCCCCCUACCCCCAUGUAUGAAAAGUAGGUUUCUGGGUUGGAAAGCUAAACUCCGAUAGUAUGAAUUAAAGGUUAAUAUAUAAAAGUGUCAUCCAAAGAGUAAAUCAAGGUACAUAAUUACAUUUAGUUCAUUACAUGUAGAGCUGUCUACUCAACUGCAGUUUCUGAAAUCCAUUGUUUCUUCUAAAAGGAAACUGUGCAAUAGCUUGUUAGCAGUGACCAUCUUGCAGCAGCUAUGCAACUUUGAAAAGUUUUGCUGGUCCCCGCUCCGGGGCCACAGUGACUCUGUCCUAGCAGGUGUCUUUUGUCUUUCUGUAAUUACUUCAUUGUGCUUUGCAUUUCCAGGAGGUUUCCCUAUGUUUGGGUAAAAUGUUUAGCAAGUUGUAAAACAUCAGACCUUCUGAAAAGGGUGAAAUAAACACUUCUGCAGUGGGACUUGGAGUAAUCUGAGGGACAUUUUAUAUACUUUUAAAAAUCAGAAUUUAAUUGGGAUGCCAGAUUUCUAGCAACUUGCAUCUUUAGUUUUCCAGAUAAUCUGGAAGUUAGCAUUUGAUAAAUGAUUUUUUAAGCAAAUAUAAAGAUUUUUGUUAAUUUAUAAUUUAUUAAUGUGUUGUUACUGUAAUUGAAAAUGUUGUGGAUACUUUUAAAUUCAGUCUUUGUAGAAAGAACUGUAUUAAGCAAAAUUAUGUGAAUAAAUAUUCCCCAAAAAUACAUCUAAUGGUUAAGAAUACUGGAAGAGAGCUAUCAGGGCUGCAACAGUGAAUGUCUUUUUAAAUAACUAUCAAAAUGUCAAGAAGUAGAGUUCACCUUUAGUCUCUGGGGGGGACACAGCCCUGCUGUCCUGCUGUGCUGCGCUGUGCUGCACUGCCCUGCCCUGGGUGUGGAAGGGGAGUCUCUGGUGCUGCUCUGCCGCUCUUCACUCUGACUGUGCCCAGCUCUGUUGCUUGUACCUCUCCCUGCUCACAGGGCAUGAGCACCUGCUGCUAUGGUGCUCACAAGGGCAUGGGCAGGAGCACCUGCUGCUAUGGUGGGGUCGGGUGGGGACUGUCCUGAUAUGGGAAGAACUUGCCUGCUUUCCUAUGGCUGUAGACUACAUAGUACCUCUGCAGUUCCACUGUGAUCGCCUGUUAGGGCCAGUGGUCUGAUCCUGUGUCACAGCUGCCAGCACAGCUCUGUAGGUGUCCUUCAGCCAGGGCUAAGG